AAUGUUGCUCAUAUUUUAAAUUCAAACAUGUUAUUGAGCAGCAAAUGUUAAGUUCCAAGCAGAAUCAAUGUAAAGAAAAGCUCGCUUCCGUGAGCUUUUUUGGUUGUGAAAUUGAAACGAUGAUGCGGUGUAUAAAAGGAAUUGUAUCUUUUGGAACAACAAUACACUUACUUGAGCGAUUUCCCGCCUGGAAAAAAUGGCUCUGGUGAAAACCUCCACCGUCGACAACAACUCUAUUCCAUGGGUCUUGUGGCUGCCACCAGUAACGGCAACGGAGCAGCCGCGUGGAAGGUUCACAUUUGAUGGGCCAAAGGUGGUGGCGUUUCACUUUGUUAGCAACCGGCACGGAGACACGUUGGACAAGUGGACGAAGCUGCUGGACGAGUUGGCACAGGAGUACGCCGGUCGGAUAUUGUUCGGAUUGCGUGACAUCUCCAGCAUAGGGGAGUUCAAUGAGAACCUGAAUCGGGACGACUUUGGCAGCUACCGGAAGGGAUUGCCACCGCGGAUCUAUGGCAAGGACUGCGAGGGCCGAGUCUACGAUAUGCACAAGCUGGUCAGCGCCAAGUACCUGCGAGAGUUUUGCGACCAGCUGCUGGGGGAUCAGCUCUUCCGCGCUGUAGUCCUGGGCGCCACUCCAUCGCUGGACGCCAAGCCAAGGAAUUACUUCGAGCUGCGGGAGGAGAGCAGCAGCGAUAUGCUGGUGAUGCUCUAUGAUCCCGCCUGCUACUACUGGCCCAUCCAGAAGCGGAUGCUGCGCAAGCUGGUCCGCCUGUUGGCCAGCGAGGAUCUGCCCAUUCUGAUCGUGGACAAGGCGAAUAACUACCUGGGCGUGGGCUUCACCCGCUGGCUGCAGAUGGUCAACUGUCACGGCUCCACCAUCUUUACCACGCCACGUCGCGAUGGCUGGGACAUGAAGUUGUCGGUGCGAAUGGAGAGCACACGUGGCUAUCUGCGAUACAUUGCCCGCAACAGGCAGCCGGAGCUGAAGGACUUCGAUGCCGAGGGGGAGCCCAGAGCACCGGAGCACGCCAUGGAAUACAUCCAGUAUUUGUUUUAAAUCUCGACUCUAAGUGAGUGC